AUGGACUAUUUUAUCAACGUUAAAGACCUAAAUUACUUUAACCACUUAAGGCGUUCCUUCGAUUCAAGCCCAGAGAUCGGCUAUGGCGGUCGCAGCCUCAACAGUCAACGGAUUCAGCCUCACUCCGGUAUCCAAAGCCGACGAAAACUACCACAGACCCACUGACCUUAAAGCUUUCGACGACACGAAAGCCGGCGUCAAAGGCUUAGUCGACGCCGGAAUCACCGAAAUUCCACGUAUCUUUUACAGCCCACCGGAGGAUUUUAACUCCGAUGAUGUUUCCAGCGAAACCCAAAUCCAUAUACCAGUGAUUGACCUCGACCUUAUCGACAAAUCCACCGUCGACAGAGUCAGAGAAGCUUCAGAGAAAUUGGGUUUUUUCCAGUUGAUUAACCAUGGGAUUCCGGUGGACGUUCUUGAAGAGAUGAAAGAUGCAGUUCGGAGAUUUAACGAACAAGAAACAGAAUCAAGGAAACAAUAUUACACUCGUGACCUCACGAUGCCUUUGAUUUACAACAGUAAUUUCGAUCUGUACUCUGCUACGACCACCAAUUGGAGGGAUACAUUUGGGUAUAUAAGUGCCCCAAAUCUCCACAAUCCGGCAAGCCUGCCGGAAAUUUGCAGGGAUAUUCUAGUGGAUUACUCGAAACGAGUGAUGGAGGUUGGGAAAUUACUGUUUGAAUUGCUGUCGGAAGCUCUGGGCCUGAACCCAAAUUAUUUGAACGAUAUAGACUGCAACGAAGGGCUUGCACUUGUAUGCCACUAUUACCCACCAUGCCCACAGCCGAAUUUGGCCAUCGGCACAUCGGAGCACACUGACAAUGACUUCAUCACUGUGCUAUUGCAAGACCACAUCGGCGGCCUACAGAUUCGGUAUGAGAACAAGUGGGUCGACGUGCCCCCGGUCGCCGGAGCUUUAGUCGUGAACAUCGGAGAUCUUAUGCAGCUAAUAACGAAUGACAAAUUCAAAAGCGUGAAGCACAGGGUUCUUGCAAACAAGGAGGGGCCGCGAGUGUCAGUGGCUGGAGUCUUUUCGACGCUUUCUUUUCCAAACUCGAAAUUGUAUGGACCCAUCAAGGAGUUGUUGAGUGAAGAUAAUCCUGCAAUAUACAGAGAAACCACUGUCAGAGACUUUAGUAUCCAGUUUCGUUCAGUUGGCCUUGGAACUUCUACUUUGCAGCAUUUCAAGCUGAGUGAAGCAGAUGCUUAAUUCUGGGUGUUCUCUGGUUGAUUGAACUUCUAAUCGUAAUCAUAAUCGUAAUCGUAAAUCUCUGUAGCUCAAAAACUAAAUCGAAGCUUGUUCCGAUGACACACCGUCGAUGUAAGAUUGUAAGCUGAAUAUGAAUAAAUUAAGACUUAGCUUGAUAUUAUAAAA